GAGAGCAGAGAGAGGGAAAGACAGGAUCCCAGUGUGUCAGUCUAAGCCUAUAGCAGCAUAACUAACCCAGAAAACUUUUGAACAGUUGGUCCCUCAUUGUCAGGUUGGUAGCAUUUCGUCAGUUUUCGCCUCCCCUCUUCCUGCUCCCUGUUACUCUAAAUGAACAUCACGCUGUGUUGAAGAACACUUGAAACUAGAGAUUGAGAUAAUAAACUCUAUGUGUUUACUGAGGGAAUAAAUCAGCUGAGAAGGAGAUCUGUCUUCUUUCAGACUUCUGUUAGAGUCGCCCCCUGCUGGACAUUAGGAAGAACACAGGUUUAAGACGGCUUUUCAAGAGGCUUCGUCCACUUCUACCCUACAGUGUGUUGGUUAUUAUCCCUUUGUCCACUUUUGUUUUAAUCACUUCAAAAAUGAGGAAGAACCGAAUCAAAACAUUUGUGCAUUGAGGUCACAUCUCUGAGUUUGUGUUUGUGCGUCUCAGCGUGUCACAAGUUUCCUGCUCUCACUAUCAGCUCCUCUCUCCAAUCUCACAGAUUGUGAUACUGAACAGACAGUUUGCAUGUCCCUCACCGUCACAGGCCUGAUUGGACGACAUACAAACAUCUUCAUGUUUGACCCACAGUGAAGCUUCAUAUUUUGCCUGUUUGAGCUCCUCUACUUCCUUUAUAAUGAAACUUUAUAGUGGAUCUGUCUCGGCGAGGGAGACGUGAGAAUGAAAACAAACCAGGCUUGUUUCUGCAGAGAGCAUCAUGUGUCGAUGCUGUUGUUGCUGAUAUGUCUCUGAUAAAGAUAGAACAGCAGAGCGUCUCUAUGUUCCUGUCAGUCAGAGUUUCACUGUAAAAAGAGGAGUGAGGAGAUAAAAGCUGGCAGUGUGAGCAGAGGGGAUGAGAGGUUGGACAGAAGAAGGAGAGAAAGAAGAGGAGGUGUGACAGAGGAUAUGAGCGUUGACAGGACUUCACCUCUCUGUGUCUGGUGUGUCUCAUUAUGAUCGUGUCCUCUCUGACGCUGCUGCCUGGACUCCUGCUGCUCCUGCUCCUCAGUGUGGAAUCAAAGAAACCAGAGGCCGGUGUUUCACCUGAGGAUCAGGGCAGCCGCCUGCGAGGACUCUGGAAGCUCCACAUGAGGGACUCGCUGCUGAAGGCGAAAGGUUCCAGUCCUCCUCCGGUCAAAGAAGGAGUCAAACAGCAGCUGCUCUACUGUCGGGUCGGGAUCGGUUACCAUCUGCAGAUUCUGCCCAGCGGCUCCGUGGGAGGCGUCCACAAACCAACCGAGUUCUGCUGGCUGAAGGUGUUUGCGAUGAAACACGGAGUAGUGGGAAUCAGAGGAGUGAAGAGUGGCCUGUACCUCUGCAUGAAAGCAGACGGCCUCGCAUAUGGAGCGGAGAAGUUUUCUGACGACUGCCUGCUGAAGGAGAACCUGGAGGAGAACCACUACACCACCUACUCCUCCGUGUCUCACCCUGGCAUCUAUCUGGCUCUGUCCUCAAAAGGACAGCUCAGGAGGGGCAACAGCGUGGGCCGACACCAGUCCUGCACCCACUUCUUACCUCGGAAGACCUCGUGAAGGGGAUCCUGAAAACCUGGAUAAACAAUUUGCUUCUAUAGCUUGUGAGAAAACGAGGACUCAAGAAGGACCAGACACUGCAAGGAGAAGAAAACAUGGUCCUGAAACUGGAACCAAGUCCAGGACACAAUACUGGAGGGAUUUAUUUUUCUACGAGAGAGGACAAUGAACUGAACUCUGUCUGAGGAUGAAUCAACAAACAAUAGCAAUAAUGACGUUGCAGUGAUGGACUGUAUAUGAAGUGGACCUAACCUCCUGGUUUAACGCAGAAGUGCCUCAAACCUGCGUUCUCUUUAUGGCUCACUGGCUGCAUUCAGCAGAGUGUGAAACAGAUUUUCUGUUGAAUUUCUUCUAAAUUUUAACACAAAUUUAUUAAAAACAGCAUGUUUAAAACCAAAUAUUAGAAAAUGAUUAGACUACCAGUGAAGAGUUUAGUGUGACCAAUGUGCUUUUGU